CCUGAGUGCCUAUCUGUCUUGUCCUCAACCAGGUAUCUCUUGUGCUACAGGGUGUGUCCAGUUUCCACCUUUGGGUAACCCAUCUCUCUCACCCACUGCUCCCCUCCUCCGUGGGGAGGGGCCCAAAAUUGAAGUAGUACAUCUCUGGAAAGAAGCAACUCCCAGAGGAUUCGGCAACAACGCAGGGCGACUCUAGUACAGAAGGUAGCAAUCAUGGCUCCCACGCUGAAACCAAUCACACAUCUGUUGAUGUUGCUGCUCUUGGGAGGAUCCUAUGUUAGCUGUGAAGAGAAAUGGUGCUAUGACAAGCCAAGCUGUGGCCCCGCUACAUGGAGACACCUGGGCCAGUGCAACGGCAAGAAGCAGUCUCCCAUCAACAUUGUCACCAAGAAUACACAGCCUGAUUCCUGUCUGGGUCCCUUGACAUUGUCCGGAUAUGAGGACCGUUGGAGGCCACGAGAACUUUUGAACAAAGGGGACUACCCUGAUGUUGAGAUGAAGGAAGGAGCCACCGUCUCCAGCCCCAGCCUCCCGGCCAAGUACCACCUGAAGUCCUUCCACUUCCACUUCGGCACCAACCACCAUGCAGGCUCAGAACAUGCCAUUAAUGGCCAGCACUACUCAAUGGAGCUCCACAUCGUUCACACUAAAAAUGGCAUAAGCACCCAAGAAGCGGCGAAGGACCCAGAGGGAUUCGUUGUCCUGGGAUUCUUCAUACAGAAGUCCUUUGAGGCUCCUUUUGGCGGUGUAUGGAAUUUUCUGGCUAGUAUGCUGCAAAGAAUCCCAGAAAAAGGUAACUCUGUGCCACUGAAUGGGGAAUUUUCUCUUUCGGACUUAUUGAAACCAGGAGAUAAGGACACCGUUAACAUUACGGACAAGUAUUACCGCUACCAGGGCUCCCUCACCACUCCCGACUGCUCUGAAGCUGUGACCUGGUUCGUCUUUCCUGAUGUCAUCAAGGUGCAUCCCUAUGUGGUGAAGAAAUUCACCAACUCGCUCUUUUUUACCACCAAAGAAGAAAAUCGGCGUAUGCAGAAUAAUUACCGUCCCGUGCAACCAUUGAACAACCGAAGGAUCAGUGCCUUCAACCUAAAUGAGUAUGAUCCGGAACGCUGCCCUGGCAAUAGUUUGGGGGCCAAAGAGUGUGUGGAUUGCAAGGACUGAUGGCAACUGUUUUCUUCUGCUUGAAAGAUCUAAGCUAUGCAGGGAGUUCCAUCUCCUGACCCGAGUAUCAAUAAUUUCUCAAUGUGGUGUGUUUCAUAAAGGAGACCAUAUUCUCUCCCUUCCCCCUCCCCUUUUGAUGACGACACAUAUGAGGUAUUUCUUAGAAAAAUUAAAACCACCUCUGUUACCACACA